AUGCCGCAUCUGCCGAUCGACAAGCUGAGAAGACUUGUCGGUAUCGACUUGAGCAAUAAUCUUAUUAAAAUGUUCGAUGUGCCUCUCUUUUCGGGUGAAAGAUCAGUGGUGUCCCUGAAGAACAACAGCAUCGCGGUAGUUACGAUGGAGAGCCUAGAGGAGAUCAGAGAACGAUCGCGAGGUGAACACAUGUACUUUAUCGAUGAUAACCCAUUUCGCUUGUAUCCAGAUCUCCGAAAUGUCAAUCUGAGGCACAAUCGACUUCAAUCAAUCGACAAGAUCUUCACGGAAGCUCUGCGGAAUCUCCGAGUACUCUAUGUCGAGCACAACAAAUUGGAACGUCUAAACCCUCCGCUGGAAACUGACGUGAAUUUUUCCAUAGCUCUCUCGGGCAGCUCGUGGAUCUGUGACUGCAGGAUGAGGAACUUCAAGUUGUUCCUCGAUGGGAAUGCGCAGAGGAUUUCAGAUUAUUCCACCAUAGAAUGUGACAGCCUGGCUGCGAUGUUCGGUCUCUUGAUGCUCGCGGUGACCUUAUGCUACAAGAACAGGAACCUCAUGGCAGCGUGUCUCCACUUUCAUGCCAACCCCCUCUAUCACUGUCUCUUCCGCGAUGUCGAUUCGGACGGUACGAGAAAAUUCGAUGCGUUCCUCUCCUAUGCAUCUCAAGACCGCGAAAUCGCCAUGGAGAUCCUCCACGGGCUCGAGUCGGACACAGCCGGAAAAAACAAGCGGAUCGAGGUCCCAUUCAAGGUGUCCUUCCACGAGCGUGACUUCGUCCCCGGGAAAACGAUCGAUUGGAACAUUCGGAACGCCGCGCGAAACGCCCACCGGACGAUAAUCAUUCUUUCGAAAGAAUUCCUCGAUUCCGCGUGGUUCCAAAUUGAACUUCAAGCAGGCUACGACAGAAUGUUGAAGGAUCGCGUUAACUGCUUGAUCAUCAUCUUGAAAGGUAAUCUUCCACCCAUCGAGAGUCUUGAUGAGAGGCUCCGGGGUAUCCUCAAAACAAGAACGUAUCUCGUCUAGGGUGAACCAUGGUUCUGGAGAAAAUUAAUAUAUGCGAUGCCUCAUAGGAGGUGUUGCGAACGUUCCCGGGGAUAUCCCUCUCAAUCAGAAAUCUGGUAA